AUGGCUGUUGGCGCAUCUGAAAAGCGUCCUAUUAUCGAGAAUGAGAAAGUAGAGAUAACAGAAAUGUUAGCAGUUACACUUUCAGUCGACCACAGAGCAGUUGAUGGAGUAUUAGGAGCAAAGUUCCUAAACGCCUUUAAACAUUACAUAGAAAAUCCUCUGUCAAUGCUAAUUUAAGAGUUAAAGGCCUCCUGACUUGUCAAUGUUGUUGCGACACAAGAUUAAUAUCUUUCAAGCUACUAUUAUAAAAGUUAAUGGAUCUAGAGAAGCGCAAAUAUGACUAUAGAAAAUUUGCAUAAAAACAAUAUGACUAAAGUGUUCGAGCAAAUUAGAAAGAGAGGAGAAAACAUUGAGCAACCCAAACUAGUAUUCAGAUAAGAAAAUAAGGCAAAUCGCGCAUUGCGACCAAGCAUGGAUGCAAAAUCAUUUCUUCAAGGUCAACAAAAAUGCACCAAAAACAUCUCAAACUCUGGCGCACAAUAAAAAUUUCAAGCAUUUGUGGAUACAAAAAGUUAAAAUAUACGAUAGUAAUUAAACACUUAUAAAUUACAAGUCACUAAAGUGCUUAAAACAUUGGGCCUAGAACAAAAAGAAAAGGUAGGAUUUGCUUUUGCAAAAGCAAAUAAAAUAUCAGCGCCUCAAGCAGAUAAUAAAGCGAAACUUGCAUAGGCUAAAAUUUAGUCGUUUACAGCAAUUAAAUCACUCCAAGAUAGCUAUUUCAUGGUCCCAUAAAAAGAAAGAUAGUGGUAUAUUUUUUGAUGCAAAUAAAGCACUAAAGUAGUAGAUCCCUCUUAAUACCUUCGAUAAUUCACCUAGAACAUUUGGGAAUGUAUAGAAAGACCUCGUGGAAAAACAUAAUAUUAGUGUUAAUCCAGUCAAAAAAAACUUCGCCUGUAAAAGAUAAGAUUGCGUUCUUUAAUAAUCCAUCUCGUACUUCAGACUCUUAGAGUCUCCAGGUCACAUUGGUUUGGCUGGUAGGUCUAUACUUCACAUAGAUAAUAAAAAUCAGUCAAAUCCUUCAGCGGCAACACCGUCACCUAGUACCAUGUAUGGUAACAAGUUUUCUGCGGUUCAAAAUGAUGCAAGAAAAUACCAUAUAAAUAAAAUUGGCCCAAGAGAAAAGAGGCUUGUGGAUAAUCUAAAGAUUUCCAACGAUGUUAGAAAAGACAAUAAGAUAAAGAAGCCUGAGCUAUUUGAACCAAGAAAAGAUGCUAAACUGUCUAAUGUUAAUGUAAAGGCAGUAAGCGACCGCCUAAUAUAAAUUAAUAAGCUAUAUCUUUGUCUGCACAAGUGGUGAUAAUUCAAUGAAUUAUUACCACUUCUUCUUUUAUCACCAACAGACUGAAGUAG